AUGUCGAUUGUUCGCGCGACGAUAGCGACGUUGACUAAACGGCAUUCGGGACCGAAGCUGCCUCUUCGCAUUUACCAAUUCGCCAACAAUGCCUACCCUAUGGUCACCAAGGGCGUUACUGGCGGCAUGCUCGGAGGAUUAGGUGACUUAGUGGCGCAGUAUCUGGAGGCUGGAAGAUAUUCUUCGACGAGAUCAGAUGCCGUCUCUCGACAGUAUGUGGAGACGGACGGAAGGCAUCUUGCAGAUUGCGAUACCACCAUUGCGAGCUCCCCGGUAUCUCUGAGCACGCUAUUGCUCUCAACUUCAUCGUCCCCUCUGCCCUUCGAACCGUGGGAGGGUUUCAGCUGGCGUAGAUUAGCCGCAUUUGCAACGUUCAACGGGAUAUGGGCAGGUGCUCCCUUGCACUUCUACAUUCAGUUUCUAGAAAAGCGUAGCGGUUUUGGUCUCUUGCGGAAGCUGUUGGUCACCCACGCAGUCUACAAUCCUGUCGUUUACUUUCCGUCGUUUUAUUUGUGCCAUGGGCUGCUGAUGGGACAUGUAAUGUUUACCUAUAGUUAUUGCAUGGUACAGUGUUUGAGUCUACCUAUACUACUCGCCCAUGUCAAAUGGAUGCAUGUCCUUCUACAACUAGAAAGAUGUAGUGGUCCACACAGAGAUGAUGAUAUGCUUUACACACAGUCGAUCAUGUCGUAAUAUUCCGCGCCCCCACUUUAACAGGACCCCCACAACAUCACUCAACAGGACCUUCCUCUGAUCGCUCAACGAGUCCGUUGCGAGAUGCCACACGCAUUCGCGCAAUGCCUACAAUUCUGGGUGCCAGUUAACAUCGUUCAAUUCACAGCCGUUCGACCGUCUGCUCAAGUCGCUUUUUUGUCCGUUUGUAAUGUGGCGUGGAGCGCGAUACUCAGCAGUAGUACGGGAGGGAACUUUUGAUCUCGAAGAGAGUUCCAAGUACUUUUGAAGGAACGUGGUCACGUUGAACAAGCCAUGAAGCCAUAAUCUGAGAGAUCUAGAAUUUUUGUGAAGCUGAAGUCGCUGCUAAUGAAUCCUUAUAAAUUAGUCUAUACCACACUUUGAAUACUUCUAAGAUCUUCUUUAUGAUGUGUAACUGUAAAACAUGGUGUAAAACAAAGUAAAUGUACCAAACAAACUAGCUAUCACACAAGAUGUCGCACUACUCCUUACAUAUUUCGCGACGGGAUGCUCUGUCCGCGAGAGGAGGAAAUGUGCGAACAACUUGUAGUCGAGCCGGGUUUCGAGGUAUUACAAAUAACGGAAGGGUAAAGAUCGAAGCCGAGGCUACACUUAAAGAAGCCUUAGAAUCAAUCAUAUUUGAAUUUUAUGGCAUUUAGAUCAGUCAUAAUUUCGAUCAUGAAGAUGAAUAGUUAAUAGUUUGAGAUAUUAUUGUGUUGUACUUCAUCUGAUUUAGGAAGUACAUCACGACAAUGCCUCUGGACAGAUCCAAAUGUACCUGUUGGAGGCGUUUCCCCCUCCAUCCCACAAAUCAGACUAGUUUAGAAAGAUUAGAAAGAUUUUUCGUGUAGGUCUGUAGGAUUGAGUCUCAAUAAUUGUAGACUUGCCCUGUAACUUUCCAUGAAAGUUUUCUUCACUGCUACAGGCAAAGCAAGCCCAGGAAACAAAUAUGCUGUGGUGUUGUUGGAAAUGCGAAUCAAUUUUGUUCAUCUCGAUAGAAGUGGGUCUACGCCCUAAGAACCAU